AUGGCGUGCUCCACUGGUCUCUGCUUCUCGGCGUCGAUUCCCCCCUCUUCCAGCCUCUUGUUCUUCUGGCUCCUCCCGCUUCCUCACGAUCAAGCGUGUGUCCUCUGCUCCGUCCUUGUCCAGGCACCAAAAGGCAAAAGAAGCUCAGGUGAGAUUGUUGUGAUGGUUGAUCCACUGGAAGCUAAGCGCCUAGCUGCUAAACAAAUGCAAGAAAUUAGGGCCAAAGAAAAGCUGAAGAGGCGCCGUCAAGCAGAAGCGAUCAAUGGGGCAUUGGCAAUGAUAGGACUGACUGUUGGAUUGGUAGUGGAAGCUCAGACAGGAAAGGGCAUCUUAGGGCAGCUAGCUGGAUAUUUGACGGCUAUUUCUAGUUUAUUUGGGCAAUAA